CUAGAGCUCAAGCCUUCAAACAGUUUCUAUAACCACAUGCAUAUUACCAAAUCACUUCUACCCAAGGGUUUGAGAACUUCUUCUUCCGACUCAGAUUCUGUUGGUCCACCCCUCACUCCAGUGGCUAGCAAUGUGCCCUUCUCGUCUGAUCACAUUGCUGAGUUUCAAGAAGGACCACUGCACCCAGAAAGGGAGACUUUCUCCUCUCUUUGGGGAGACACUUCAUCCUUUUCUCCUUCAAAAUCUGAUCAUGAUACAGAAGAAUCUCUUUGUCACCAUCAAGCCACCAACACGAAAAUACCACAAGAAAAAGAUGGUGCCAAAGAUCCCAAAGCCUUAAGGGCAUCCAGUUCGUUGUUGGUACGCGGAGGAAAAAUUAAGCGGAAGUUUGUGGAUCUGGGGGCACCUUUGCGAAGGAAUUCCAACAAGGGAAAGAAAUGGAAAGAAAAAGAAAAAGAAGGCAAUAGGUUUUCUGCAGGUAGCAGGAUCUUCAGAGGCAGGCUGGAGAACUGGAAACCCAAGCCACCCUCGGCAGCUCAGGCCUCCACUCGCUCCCCUUGCAUGCCUUUCUCGUGGUUUAAUGAAAGCCGGAAAGGAUCCUAUUCCUUCAGGAACCUGCCUUCACCUACAAGUCCCCUUCAGCCUUCUCUCACGACUCUAAUUUCAGAUAAAAAGGGGUCCAAGAAUUUUACCUUCAGUGAUGACUUCAGUCCCAGCAGCGCCAGUUCGGCAGACCUGAGCGUCUUCGGAGCAGAUUGCAGAGCACCAGGGUUCUCUCAGUCCUUGGUGCUGUCAUCCGAUGAGAUCCUUGAUGAUGGACAGUCUCCCAAACACAGUCAGUUUCAGAAUCGGGCCGUACAUGAAUGGAGUGUGCAGCAGGUUUCUCACUGGUUAAUGAGCAUAAAUCUGGAGCAGUAUGUAUCUGAAUUCUGUGCCCAAAACAUCACUGGAGAGCAGCUCCUGCAGUUGGAUGGAAAUAAACUUAAGGCUCUUGGAAUGGCAUCAUCCCAGGACCGAGCCGUGGUCAAGAAGAAGCUCAAGGAAAUGAAGCUGUCUCUAGAGAAGGCCCAGAAGGCCCAAGAGAAAAUGGAAAGGGAAAGAGAAAGGCUAUGGAGGAAGGAACAAGAGCAAAUGCAGAAGAAGUCCAAGAAGUCCGAAAAGAUGACAUCCACCACAAGUGGGGGCGCUGGUGAGCAGUAAGACACCCACUGUUACUGAAGUCUUACAGAUGCUCCAAAGUCCUCACCUGUUCCUACCCUGCUAUCCUCUGGAGGAUGAAAAAGAAACUGAUUAUAGGGAUAAUGCUGCUCUAGGCAGAUUUAGGAACUGUGUGUUGAAUGAGUGCAUUUUCUGCAAUAGAAUGCACACUUAAUUUCAACCUACCGAA